AUGUUGUUUUCGAUGGAUUCAGUUUCAAUCGAAGAAACAUUCUGGUUAGGUAAACGGAUUGAUUUCUCUUCAUCGUAUGUGAUGUCUUCACGAAAGUCGACAGCGCGGCGAACUUUCAUUGCAAAAAAACGAACGCUCAAAGUACCGUUCACUGCCAAUGUCAUCCGACCGAGGUACCUGAUACCGAAAAUGCCAAGGGGAUUGGGAAAUUUCGACAGCACAAUUGUCCUGUGCGUAUUCUGCAACGCACCUUGUAUCGAAGAUUACAUUCAUUGUGGUGUUUGCAUUAAGACUUACCAUUACCAAUGCCGACACAAUCCAGGUGAUGAUGAAUCGGCUCUCCUGCCCAGUCGACGAAAGAAAUAUCACAAUUGCUCCGAAUGUGAAGACUUAACUCAACUGUUGAGUGAAGACGAUAUUCAUCUACUACGUUCUUCGUUCAAAAGAAUCGAUCGAGAUAAUGAUGGAUUUAUCGUUUUGAGAGACUUUGUGAUGUUUUGUUUCAAUACAAAAAUGAUGAUCUCUCUUAUUCCAUACGAUCUGUACAUACAAAAGUUGCAUUUUUAUAUCAUGGACAUCCAACAAAAAGGUCGCGUCGCUUGGUUGGAUUACCAGCGCUUUUAUACAUGCAAGUUGAUCGCAGGGAAAGAUCACGCUCAAUUAACAACAUCGUUAACUUACAAAGAAUUAAUCUUUGCGAAGAAACUCUUUCUUCAAGAUUCAGAUCUGAAUUUCGAUCAUCAACGAAAUAUGAUCAUUACGAAAGAACAUUGCGAUAGAGUUCUUUAUGAUCUUCUCGUCAUGAUCAAGAGAAAAUAUGGCGGACAGUUCAUCGAUUCGGUUUUAUACGAAAGCUCGAUAAUCGACGAAACAUUCGCAGCACAUCGUGUACUCACUUGGGAAGAGUUCCUAUGCCAGAUUGCUGUUCCUAUCAUACUGAAUCGCUCGAAUUUCGAUAUUCAGCAGUUUCAAACCUAUCUGGCGAGUAUUCUACCGCCCGUUAUCGAAACCAAAGUGGAAUUUUCGUAUACACAUCGAUUGAAAACUGAAGUUAUAACAACAGAAGAUGUUUCAUUUAUUCAGUCUUGUGUAAAAUAUCGAAAAGCGGCAAAACAUCGGUCAAAGAGUGCAUUGCCGCGUGGGACGUUGAUUGUCGAAAACAUGGAAAGAAAAGAUAAUUUCGAACGACCGAAAUUAAAGCUGAAUAUAAGGGAUGAACGACAAACUAUCAGUGCCCCUUGGUCAAUGGUUAAACAGAUGGAACUUCUGCGGAACGAACCGAUAUCGAUUUGA